UCUGUUUUCCUUUUCCUACUUGUUGUUCCGUUCUUUAGUUUCGUUUUCUCCGCCCCUCGUCUGGUUUUUCGCAUCUGUCAUUGCUUCCUCCUUUCCCAGUCCUUGUUUUGGUUUUCGCAGUUCAUUAUGUUUACCCGUGUCUGCUUGGUAUUCAUCAUUCUCAGUUAUUUAAGCCCUGUGUCUUGUAUUUCGGUUUGUCGGUUGUUUUAGUAAGUUUGGUUUGUUCCGUCGUGUUCAGAUUAUUCUCGCUAUCACAGUCGUCGCCCUUGCUUUUGAGUUUGCCUAGUUCGUGUGUUACUUUGCCUCGGUGUUUUCCCCGUGUCUCUGUUUAUUAACCUCCCGUGUUUUUAUUGCCCUCGCUCAUUAAACCGCCUUCUGCAUUUGCGUUCUGCCUCUCACCUGGUUCCUGCUGGAAACCUUACACGUAUAAAGAGUGUUAUAUCCAGUUACCUUCCAUUUUCCCAUAAAACGACAUUAAAAGGAGUGUUUUGAAUUUUCUUUUUUCUAUGUUACCUUUUACUAUUCUGCUGUGUGGGCGUGGACCCCAGCGGAUUCAUUGACAACCUCAGUGUCAAACGUAACUGCCCAGUUAGAUAUGCAAACUACAGUAUGCAAAGUACAGAUAUUUUUUCUGAUCUUUUUUUGUUGUGUAGACCACUUUCAAACAUUCAAAGUGUUAAACUGCAUGGAUUAACAGUGACCGUGAUGGCAGAAGUAAAGCUUCAGUUGGGAAAUCUUCAGGGCUUUCAUUUCCUGUCAGUGUCUGUUCCUCAUAGAUUGUCCACAUACUGCUACAAAAAGGUUCUCUCUAACCAUUCCACCUUCAUUCCACUCUCAAAAUCUCUCUCCCUCUGUUCUGAAUAUUUAGAAAGACAGCCAAAGGGAGUGAAUAGUGACAGUAUUCCUGAUUUCUCUUCUCUGUGACAAUGGUCUCACAGGUAGCCACUGAAGACUAUUAUGAAGGAUAUUGGUUUGAUAACUACACAUACUCCAAAGAAGAUGACAUGGAUGCUUCUCCCUGCACUCUGGAGGAGACAUGGCAGUUCACUCAGCUCUUCAUCCCUGUGGUCUAUAUCAUGAUCUUCAUCCUGGCCCUGGUGGGGAACGUGCUGGUGGUCUGCGUGGUGCAGCGCUACCGGCAUACCCACCACAACCACUGCUCCUUCUCCCUGACCGACACCUUCCUGCUGCAUCUGGCCAUCUCCGACCUUCUCCUGGCAUUGACGCUGCCGCUCUUCGCCAUGCAGUGGAUCUAUGGGUGGGUGUUCGGCAUCACACUCUGCAAGCUGGCAGGGGCGCUUUUCUGGCUGAACAUCUACUGCGGUGUGCUCUUCCUGGCCUGCAUCAGCUUCGACCGCUACCUGGCCAUCGUGCAUGCCGUACACACCAGCUGGCGCCGCAAUACUUGCCUUGCUCAGCUGGCAUGCGCCCUGAUUUGGGUCUGCUGCCUGGGCCUGGCUGCUAUUGAAAUCCACUUCCGGGACGUCCAGGAACUGCGUGGCAGCGGUGUCCACCAGGUUUGCCGCGUGGACAUCUCCGGCGGCAAUGCCGAGCGCUGGCACUUCGCCAUGCAGCUGCUGAACCUGUUGUUGGGCUUCGGGCUCCCCUUGCUGGUCAUGCUCUACUGCUAUGUGCGUAUCUUCCAGGCGCUCUGCCAUGCCAGCACCCGGCGGCAGAAGCGGCGCUCGCUCAGGCUCAUCAUCUCCCUUGUGGCUGUGUUCGUGGCCUGCUGGGCACCGUACAAUGUCCUGAAGAUGACGGACAGUCUCCAGCUCCUGGGGCUGAUUCAGAGCAGCUGCGGUCUCCACCGCAUGCUGGACAUAGGCAUCCUGGUUACGGAGAGCAUGGGCCUCUCACACUGCGCCCUCAACCCACUGCUCUACGGCCUCGUGGGGGUCAAGUUCCGCCGCGAGCUCACUCUGAUGUGCAAGGAGGCACUAGGCCCACGAGGCAGCCUGAGGCUGAGAGGAUUGGCGCAGGGUCAGGGAUCAAAGCACAGGCCACCAGGGUCCUUCAGCUCUGCGGACAGCGAGAACACCUCUUACUUCUCUGUUAUGGCCUGAGAUGAUGGAAGGGAUUGAGGAGUGUCUGGUCAGCAGAGCAUUAGACAAAUGGUGUGUAUCUGGAGAAGAUGGAAGGUAUAAAAGAGAAUCAGAGAUACAGGAAGGCUAAAGGCAAAUUAACUACAGAUUCUAAAUAGAGGACUGUAGAACAGUGUGUGGGGAUAAAUGUUAUGCUUUGUUACAAAUUUUAUAAAUGAUCAUUUAAAGAUAUUACAAAUAAUCUUUUAAACAAAUAAUGUACAUAUCAGUUGUAAAGUGGCGUUUUCAUAAUUCCAGUAUACUGUUAGCUGUUUUAACAAGUGACAUUUCAUCAUUAUCAUUAUCAAGUUUUCUUCUUGUUUAUCUUAUGCAAAGAAAGUAAAUUUUCUCUGUGACAUUGAUAUUGAUGGUUCUACUCCACCAGGCAAUCAUGCAAAGGCCAUUGCUUUUGUAUACUCACAUCUAAAAUAAGUGAUGAGGGUUUCUUGGUCUUAGACAGGAAGUGAAACCCUUCUCUGGCUCUGGACAUUGUUUUUCAUCUCUUCUUCUCUUAUUAUCUUACAAGAAGCUUAGUCAUCAGUUUUGUUCCCCAAGGGCUAUUCUUCUUUAUUUGAAAAGGCAGCUGGUUGGCAAUUUCACUAGUGAUAACUAAAGAGGAGAAUUGAGAAUGUAUUACUCAAACUUUUUGUUUUACUUUUUGGUGACAUACCAGCAAAUAUAAACAACUGAAAUGUGAGUACAGUGCACAUGCUGAUGCCAUUUUGUAAUUCCACGAAAUCUGUCCAAAUCAUGCAGUAAAAAUGAUUGCAUGUCAA